UGAAUGAAUAAUGAACUGCUGGCUGUUAUUCAGUUUCUUAUUAAUUUUUUCAAGUGUCUCUCACCUGAUGGGCAACCCUUGCCUAAAAGGUGAGUACAUGAUGAAUGUGGUGUUGCUGCAGGAUGGUGUGUCACCCUGGAGUUUAGAAUUUGUCAAGCCUGCUGUAUCUAAAGCCAUUGAACUUGAUGCUGAGAUCAACUACAACACAGGUGUCAGUCGGAGUCUGACUGCCAGCUACCACGGGUUUCAGACUCUUUAUUACAGACAUAAAGGCUGUGACAGUAGCACCUGUGGAGGAGUAGAGAUCCUGAAAGAACUUGAGGCUUCAGAUACAGUGGGCUGUGCACUUCUGGGACCAACCUGCACUUAUGCCACCUUCCAAAUGGUGGAUCUUGAUGUUGGUCUGGACCUCAGUAUGCCCAUUAUCUCUGCUGGAAGCUUUGGUCUCUCCUGUGACUACAAGGCCAACCUGACACGCUUACUGCCUCCAGCUCGCAAGGUCUCCGAUUUCUUCAUCCAUUUCUGGAACUUUACUGACCACAUUAAGCCUGUAUGGAAAAAUACGUACAUCUAUAAAAAGACCAAUCAAACUGAGGAUUGCUUUUGGUAUUUGAAUGCCCUUGUUGUUGACUCAGAAGCAUUUGCUUCCAGUGUGGAGAGAGAGAUGCUACGAAAGGAUGAUGAGCUUUUUUCUGUGUUAAAAAACAAACAAAGAAAAAGUAACUUAAUUAUUUUAUGUGGAACUCCGGACGACAUUAUGGAUUUGAAGAAUGAAUCUCUGGACUCUGAUCCUCAUGUUGUGUUUCUUCUCAUUGAUCUGUACAAUGACAAAUAUUACAAUGAACCAUCCAAUGAUGCUAUGAAGAAUGUCCUGGUGCUGACCAUGCCUAAUACAAGGAAUUACACCGUCAACAACAACACGAUAAAUGAUUAUAUUGCAGCAUAUCAUGACGGGGUGCUUCUGUUUGGAGAGGUGAUGAGAAGUAUCUGGCACAGUCCCACCUUUGACGGAGACACUGUCAACAUUAACUACUUUAGGAAUGUUUCAUUUAAAGGAAUAGCAGGAGAUUACAAAUUAGAUGAGUAUGGUGAUAGAGACGUGGUAUUUUCACUCAUUUACACCAAUGACGAAAAUAAGUACAAAGUUCUCUAUGAAUUUGACACCAGCAACAAUAAAACAGAGCUGAUUGACAUCGAUCCUUUGUUCAUAUGGCUUCAACAGCGUCUCCCUGAGGAUCGUCCCCGUCACGAAAAAGCAGGGCUGCUGGUGCAGUAUGUUAUUGUAAUAACACUGGGCUUCAUGGUGUUGGUGGUGUCAGCCACAGUUGCUUCUGUCUUUUAUUGGCAGAACAGAUCAUACAGACGUAAACAGAAACGAUGGUCUCACAUCCACAUGGAGCUUAUCAACCCUUUAGAGUCCAGUCAGAGAAAUAUGGUGUCUCUAAAGAUUGAUGAGGACAGCUGGAAAGAUAAAAGUCAAAAGAUUCGCUGUGCACGCUACGAUAAAAAGAUUGUGAUCCUUAAACAGCUGAAGCACUCUGAUGGCUACUUCAGUGAAAAACAGAGAAUAGCACUUAAUGCACUGUUGCAAAUCGAUUAUUACAACCUCAUAAAAUUCUAUGGCACAGUCAAGAUUGAUCAAGAAGUUUUGGGAGUGUUUGAGCAUGGAGAGCGAGGAUCUCUUAGGUAUGUACUUAAUGACAGGAUCUCAUACCCAGAGGAGACCUUCAUGGACUGGGAGUUUAAAAUUUCUGUAAUGUAUGACAUUGCAAAGGGCAUGUCCUACCUCCACUCAAGCAACAUUGAAGUUCAUGGUCACUUGAAGUCCACCUGCUGUUUCAUUGAUAAUCGUAUGGUAGUGAAAAUCAGUGGUUUUGGUGUUAACACUAUUCUCAGUCCAGAUCGAGAUCUGUGGACUGCUCCAGAGCACUUACGGGUGGAGGGCAUCUCUCAGAAGGGAGAUGUGUAUAGUUUUGCCAUAAUUGCUCAGGAAAUCAUGUUACGGAAGUGCACAUUCUACACUAAGACCUGUUCUGAUGAAGCUGAGAAGUUGGAUUGUGUGAAGUAUCCCAGAAUUAUGUCUUUUUUCAGACCUGACCUAAACCUUGAAACUGCUAGUGAAAAGGAACUGGAGGUGUACAUGCUAAUCAGAAACUGUUGGGAUGAGGACCCUGAAAAGAGACCGGAUUUUAAGAAGAUUGAAACCACUUUGGGAAAGAUCGUCAGUCUGGACAACCAGGCCAAUAAGAGCUACAUGGGAAAUCUAAUUCGGCGGCUACAAAUGUAUUCCCGUAACUUGGAGCACCUGGUGGAAGAGCGCACAGCUCUAUACAAGGCAGAGAGAGACCGAGCAGAUAAUCUCAACUUCAUGCUUCUUCCCAGACCAGUGGUUCACUCUUUGAAGGAAACUGGCCGUGUGGAGCCUGAGCUCUUUGAUGAAGUUACCAUCUACUUUAGUGACAUUGUGGGUUUUACCACACUUUGCUACUACAGCACACCCAUGGAGGUGGUGGACAUGCUGAAUGACAUUUACAAAAAUUUUGACAGCAUCCUCGACCAUCAUGAUGUCUACAAGGUGGAGACAAUUGGUGAUGCCUACAUGGUGGCUUCAGGUCUUCCUCGGCGGAAUGGAGAUGGACAUGUGAAGGACAUUUGCCUCAUGGCGCUGGAUAUCCUGGCAUUCAUGGGCACGUUUGAGCUGCGCCACCUGCCUGGCCUGCCUGUAUGGAUCCGAAUAGGGGUGCACUCAGGCCCCUGUGCUGCAGGUGUUGUAGGGCUUAAAAUGCCCAGAUACUGUCUGUUUGGAGACACGGUGAACACAGCGUCACGCAUGGAGUCCACAGGAUUACCCUUGAGAAUCCAUGUAAGUCAGUCAACAAUCAAUAUUCUUCAGCGAGCCAACUACAAGUUUGAGUAUAAAAAGCGAGGAGAGACAUAUCUAAAGGGGAAAGGCAAAGAGACAACAUACUGGUUAACAGGAGUUACUGGGCAAAAUUACAACCUGCCUACACCACCAACAGCAGAAAACUUCCAGCGUCUGCAGCAGGACCUGGCAGAGAUGAUAAAGAGCUGUCUGGAGCAGCGAGCUCCAUUUAUGGAGAAGAGGAAAACGCUGUCUACACGUCAUAGAAAGCUCAGAGGUUAUUCAGAGCUUUCUUACACAGAGCAGCCCGAGUACUUGCACCUGACGAUUGUAGACAAUCCGAGCACCUACCUGUGAUUCUGUCCAGCUAUGAGUUUUUACACACGUCUAUGUUUGAUUAUAUUGUAAAUAAUAUCUAUAUAUACAGUGUAUAUUUAACCAUUCUAUGUGGUGGUACUUUUAAACCCCAGUUAACACCAUAAACUGGAAUGCUGACUGUAAUUACAGCUUACUUGGGCUUUUCUGGCAUAUGCAAACAGCAGCGAAUAUCGAAAUGCAGUACAAAGACCCGAAAGAGCAGAGGUUGUUAUAAGCUCAUGCAAAUGUGUUCAUAUAUCUUUAUCUAAGUUGUGUAUAUUUACAGUAUAUUCUCUUAUGGAUUCUCCUAUACUUACUGUUUUCUUUAGCUGCUGUCCACAUGUAAUUCUUAUUUUCUUUCCCAAAAAUGUCUCAUUUGGCCACAGCACCCUACUGUCAACAAAAAGCACUAAGAUUAUUCCAUUCUUUUUUUAAAUAACAACUUUAUUUGAAUUUUUUUGCUACUUACACAUUAAUUCAUGGACUGUCUACCCUAACAAUUGAUUUUCUAUACGUAACAAAAUAUACCUGUGAAUUACAAUCAUCAAAAUAGACCAUAUUUAUGAACUAUACUUAAACUGACAAAAUAUUUGAUUGUAAGAAAUCUAUGACACAUUACCUAGUGUUAAAUUGUUGA